UAUAAAGAAAGAGAACCUUUAAGAAUUAUAGAACCUAGGGCUGAUGCUAUUGGUAAAUCUGUGUUGCAAGAUAAUUGUACCUUGGGUGGUGGUGAUAAACUCACUCUCAAAGUAUUAGAUGGCUCAGAGGAAUUGAAAUACUUCACUAACAAACAAGGAUAUUUUUUGAAUAAAAGAGAAAAG